AUGGAUAAUAUGUUUAAACAUCAAUAUUCAUCUUCUUCCGAACCUUCCAUGAAUGCCGUUAUGAACGAUUAUUAUACACGUUGGUUAGCUUACGUUAUGAAAGCUCACGAGGCCAGACAUAGAAGAAAAUUAAGAAAACAAUAUCUUGAUAAUAAGAGAUCAAGAUGUACUACACAAGUUCAUCCUUAUUUUCUCAAAGUUGCCGAGGCAAAAAGAAGGCGUAGGUUAAGAAAACAAUAUCUUGAUAGUAAGAGAUCAAAGUUUAAUCCAAGUUUUAUUCCAUCGAAAUUGGAUUCAUCAUCUUCAUCAGGAACACGGAUUAAUUUAAAGAACAAAGAAAACAUAACACCUAAUUCUUCAAACAGAAUAUUGCCUACAGAUGGAAAUCGUUUAAAUACUUCCCUAAACGGCCAAACUUCCAGUUUAACACCUAAUACUAUUAAGAAGAACGGAAAAGAUGUGUUACACCCUUCUACAACACCCAAUCGUACACCGUUGUCAAAUAUAUCUAACAUACUACCAGGAACCGGUAGCAUUUGUUCAAGAAUGGUUAAUUCUACAUCUGGGUCGGAUUUAACUUUGAAUGGAAAGACCAAUGUAGUAUUGCAAAAUUCUUCUAAGUUUGUUCGAAGUUCGAACACCGCAAACAAAGAAAACGUAACACCAUCUUCGUACACUGUUGCAACGUCAUCUACUUUACCACUGACAGAAUGUUAUUCUAUUACUCCGCGGAUUGUGAGUAAACGAACUGCUACAGCUAUGAAGGCGGAUUUGUCUUCUGUUAAAAGGAUGUCUUCUGGAAGGCGUAAGUUGACGCAUACACCAAUCGAAAUAGAACCCAUACGAAUGGCUGAUCUUGAUUCUGAUGAUGAAAAUGUUGUUCAACAAGAUAUUAAAGACCUCCGGAAAGGCACCUCUAAAGAUUACCUUGACCAUGGAGACCAAUCUGUUUGUUGUGGGUUAUGCUAUGCAAAGUUGUGGCAAACUGAAGCUGGAAAGGGUCGUAUUACACUUCAACAGCGGACAUAUUCCUUAUGUUGUGCUUAUGGCAAAGUUGACUUACCUGAUUAUAAAGAAUCUGACCCAUAUUACCAGAUGCUUUUUCGAUCUUUAGAUUCAGAUAGCAAGUUUUUCUUAAAGAAUAUUCGACGUUACAAUUCAAUGUUUUCCUUUACUUCUAUGGGAGGAAAAGUGGAUACUAAGAUAAACAAAGGUAAUGCUCCUUUUGUUUAUAGAAUUAGCGGUCAGAAUGCGCAUAGUAUGGGUAGCCUUCUUCCUAAACCCGGUGACCAACCAAAGUUUUCUCAACUUUAUAUUUACGAUACCGAAAAUGAGCUGUCCAAUAGGAAGACCUUAUUUGGUGACUCAACGACUCAGACAUCUUCCAGAUCAAAAGAGCUUGACGAUAAAUUCAUAAAGUAUCUAACUGACAUGUUAGAUUCAAAAAAUAUGUUGGUAAAAACAUAUCGCAUGGUUAGAAACCAUCUUCAUGAGAAACCCAAUGUUUCUCUUAGGCUUCGGUUGAUUUAUCAAAGAGAUAAAGAUGGCAGGACUUACAAUUUACCUACAUCAUCCGAAAUUGCUGCUUUAAUUGUUGGCGAUGAAAAUCAAAGUGUGGAACAACGUGAUAUUAUUGUCGAAGAGCAGUCAGGAGUUCUUAAACGUAUUAGCGAGUUACAUCCUUCAUACCUUGCUUUACAAUAUCCAAUUCUUUUUCCUUAUGGUGAUGAUGGAUAUAGGAUUAACAUUCCUCAUAGAGAUUUUGGUCCGAACACAAAGAAGACACGUCCAAAUUGCACAAUGAGAGAGUUCUUUGCUUAUAGGAUGCAGGAUAGGGACAACAAAUUCUCUCUAAUCCUUAAUGCGAGGAGGUUGUAUCAGCAGUUUAUAGUCGAUGCAUACACAAUGAUUGAAAGCGAGCGGCUAAACUACAUAAGAUUUCAGCAAACCAAAUUACGAUGCGAAUCCUUUAACAGCCUAAGAAUUGUUCAGCAAGGUGGCCAGACUGAUCUGUCUCAUACUGGAAAACCUGUGAUAUUACCGUCUUCCUUUACUGGUGGAGCUCGAUAUAUGAUGCAAAAUUACCUUGAUGCUAUGGCUUUAUGUAGGAAGUAUGGGUAUCCUGAUUUUUUCAUAACUAUCACCUGUAAUCCGAAAUGGCCAGAGAUGGUAAGGUUUAUUGGUGACACAUCAGUUAAGCCUGAAGACAGACCCGACAUUCUUUGUAGAUUGUUUAAGAUGAAGCUUGAUUCAUUGAUAAAAAACCUUAAGGAAAAAAAAUUUCUUGGCGAUAUUAAUGCUGUUGUUUACACCGUAGAAUUUCAAAAGCGUGGUCUGCCACAUGCUCAUCUAUGUGUUUUUAUGAAAGCUGAUCAUAAGGUUCCAACUGUUGAACAUAUUGAUCCUUUUAUCUCAGCUGAGAUUCCUGAUAAAACUGAAGACCCUGAAUUAUAUUCUCUGGUCUGUGAUUUCAUGAUUCAUGGUCCAUGUGGACAUGCUAACUUGAAAUGUCCAUGCAUGGUAGGAAACCGUUGUUCUAAGAAUUUUCCAAAGAAGUUUUUGGAGGCUACAUCUGUUGAUUCAGAUGGAUUUCCGCUUUAUAGGCGAAGGGACGAUGGUCACACGGUUGUUAAGAAGGGUGUGACAUUGGACAACAGGAGCGUCGUUCCAUACAACAAAAGGCUUCUUAGAAGAUAUCAGGCGCACAUCAAUGUGGAGUGGUGCAAUCAGGCAGGAUCAAUUAAGUAUUUAUUUAAAUACAUUAAUAAAGGACCAGAUAGGGCCACUGUUGUUGUUAUAGAUUCAGACAGAGGGAUUGAUGAGGAGAUACCGAAAGAUGAAAUAAAAGAAUAUUACGAGGCAAGAUAUGUUUCUGCAUGUGAAGCAAGUUGGAGAAUAUUUGCAUGUGAAGUUCACUAUCGGUAUCCAUCUGUUAUGAGGUUACCAUUUCAUCUUCCAGGCCAGCAGAAUGUAGUUUUCAGUGGUGAAGAUGAUAUUGAAAAUGUUCUAAACAAACCUCAGGUAAAUUCAUCUAUUUUUUUGGAGUGGAUGAACAUGAACAAAAAACCUGAAACAACGAAACUUACGUAUGUUGAGUUUCCAUCAAAGUAUGUUUGGAAGUUAAAGGAUCGUUGCUGGCAGCCGCGAAAAAAUUAUGUUGUUGUUGGAAGACUUUAUUCAGUUUCUCCUUCCCUUGGUGAAGCUUAUUACCUUAGAAUUCUUCUAACCAAAGUCAAGGGUCCACGAUCUUUUGAAGAAAUUAGAACCUAUGAUGGUGUUGUUUAUCCUACUUUUAGGGAUGCAUGUUAUGCUCGUGGACUAUUAGACGAUGACAACGAAUACAUUGAGUGUAUUAAAGAGGCCAGUUUUACAGGAAAUGGUCAUUAUCUUCGUUCAUUGUUCGGUACACUCCUUUUGUCUAAUACUCUAUCAAGACCAGAAAUUGUUUGGGAAAAGACGUGGGAGUUUUUGUCGGAGGACAUUUUACACAAUAUGCGGAAGGAUUCUGGUUUAAGUGGUUUUGCUGUCUCUGACGAGCGUUUAAAGAAUAUUACGUUGUCUAAGAUUCAAAACUAUCUUAUCCGUAAUGGAUCCAGCUUGCAUAGAUUCUCACCGAUGCCUGUUCCAGAUGAAGAUUCUACAUUAUAUGAGGGUAAUCGUCUAAUAAAUGAGGAGCUUUCUUGGGAUAAGGACGAAGUUAGCGCUGAAUUUAAUAAGCUUCAUAAUUCUUUAAAUGAUGACCAAAGAGCAGUGUAUAACGAGAUUAUGAGUGCUGUUGGACGUGGGAAAGGUGGUGUUUUUUUUGUGUACGGAUACGGUGGUACUGGUAAGACAUUUCUUUGGAAAACUUUAGCUGCUUCCAUAAGAUGCAAUGGGCAUAUUGUUGUUAAUGUUGCUUCAAGCGGGAUUGCAUCGCUGUUGUUGUCACGAGGCCGUACCGCCCAUUCAAAAUUUCAUAUUCCGAUUAAUCUUACUGAAGAUUCCGUUUGUCAUAUCAAACCUAAUUCUGAAAUCGCUAAUCUUAUAGACGAAGCGAAGUUGAUUAUUUGGGACGAAGCACCGAUGGUACACAAACAUGCUUUUGAAGCUCUUGAUCGUACAUUGAAAGAUGUUUUGAGUGUCUCCGAUUCACGUAAUUCUGAACUUCCCUUUGGUGGAAAGACUAUUGUUUUCGGUGGUGACUUUAGGCAAAUCUUACCGGUUGUACAAAACGGCACAAGGCAGGACAUUGUACACGCCUCUUUAUGUUCAUCUUACAUUUGGUCCACUUGCAAGGUUUUAAAAUUGACCCGUAACAUGCGUUUAUCUGUUGGAAGCAGUAGUUCAAACAUUGAUGAGAUAAACGAUUUUGCCAAAUGGCUUCUUGAAAUUGGUGAAGGCAAUAUUGGUGAUGGUAACGACGGCGAGUCCACUAUAGAAAUACCAAAGGAUCUUUUAAUCACCGAUUCAACUGAUCCAAUUCAAAGCUUGAUUGACUUUGUGUAUCCAUCAGUUCUUAACCGUUUUAAAGAUCGUGACUACUUUUCUGAAAGAGCCAUACUUGCUCCUAAAAAUGAGGUUGUACAUGGUAUCAAUGAUCGUUUGCUUGCAUUAUUUCCCGGUGAAGAAGUAGAGUAUCUUAGCUCAGAUACUCUAUGCCCAACUGAGGAAAUUAAUGAUCCAUUACACCAAGAUCUGUAUAAUCCUGAUGUGUUAAAUAGUUUGAUAGUUUCUGGCUUACCCAAUCAUAGAUUGGUGUUAAAGUUGGGUGUCCCAGUCAUGCUUUUGAGAAACAUAGAUCAGCAGAAUGGGUUAUGCAAUGGUACACGUCUUCAGAUCACGCGUCUUGGAAAACGUGUUAUCGAGGCUGAGAUACUAUCCGGAGGUAAUGUUGGUUCAAGAACUUACAUUCCCAGAAUUAGCAUGAUACCUUCAGACAAGAAAAUACCUUUCAAAUUUCAACGAAGGCAGUUUCCCAUAACCGUCUGUUUUGCCAUGACUAUUAACAAAAGUCAAGGGCAGUCUCUUUCCAGAGUUGGCCUGUACCUAAGAGACCCCGUUUUCUCACAUGGUCAGCUUUAUGUUGCGUUGUCGAGAGUAAAGACAAGAGAUGGCGUCAAGCUUUUGAUAUCUGACAAAGAUGGAAGUCCAACGAAUAAAACAAAAAAUGUUGUUUACAAAGAAAUAUUUGGAAAGUUAUAG